GUUGUCCUCUUAUUUACCUUCGUGUAAGAAUACAUAAAAUUUUCCAAUGAAAUAUUAUCUUGGUUGUAGGAACGUGAUUUGGCAAUUCUUCAAAAAGAAUUCUUGGGUAUAUUUUAUUAUUAUAGGAGUCGGUCUCCUUGUGUUACUUCUCUUCGUAUUCGUGUCGAGAAUUCGAUCACGACCAAUUGGUGUCUAUGUCGUGUUUUCAAUUGUAAUUGUGCUGUGGUCUGUUGGAUUCGCUGCUUUUUUGUCACCUGUUGGACUGAAAGCUGGACUCACAUCUCUGAACUGUAUACUUGUGGUGGAAAUUCCAAUAGUUGCGUUGGCUAUGCUCUUGCCUCGAUUGAAUGUGAUGGGGGUGAUAGUGUUUGACACGGUUACAUCAACGUUAGCGAUAGUGGUACUCGUCUUGAGCGCUUUCUAUGUGUUCUCCAAGCAAGAUAUAAUUUUAGCUCUGGUGGUAUUUUUCUGUGCGUUAUUCAUACUCUUCGUAAGUUUAUUAUUUUAUCGCUGUAUCAACCAUGUUUAUUUUGACGAGUAAAUUACACGAAUCACAUCAGUUAUUUGAUAGUCGCCGAAUUGCAGUGUGAAUCACAGUAUCGCUGAGUCGAUUUGUGUUCAUAUUACAUCACGAGGCACGUGAACACAUCCACGAUAUUUGAGAGUGUAUUUCCAGAGUAGAUGAUUUUGUACACUGUUGCACUUGACGGAUUUCUAAAUCACUGAAAUUAUGGUAAAGUCCUGCUUUUCACUGGAGUGUAGUAAUCACGAUUCGAAUUUAUGCGAGUCGUUAAUAAUUCGAUAACUCGCUCCUUGUGAUUGUCGUAUAUGAAUUCGUGUUGUGUGUGCUUAGGAAAUGGCUGGAUUAUUAAACAGCUUGUAUUAUUUAGAUUGGAUGCUGUUUGUCAAUGAUUUCAUGUUCCCUCACCAGCCAUACGCACUUACAUUAAGGGAUUUCCCACAACUUCACUGCGCAUUUGAGACUGACAAAUCAUAAAAUGAAUAAUGACACACUUGACCCAUCAUUCUGAAUCUAUAAUCUUCUUUUAGGUGUGAACCGAAUUCUCACUACAAUAUUGAAAACAAGCAAACAUCUGCUCAUGUAUGAUCUGAAAGCCGACAGUGAAUGUGUAAAUAAUUCUUUAUUGAUUCAGAUGUCUAUAUUUCAUCAUAUGAAAACAAUCUUAUCACAUUGGCUAGAUAAUUAUAAUUAAUUUGAAUUGCUGUACAUUUGAGAUGAUCGCCUGUAUUCACUCAUCUCUGUCAAUAAUCUUUCUCUUUCUCUACAUUGUAGUUAUUGUUCACCUAUGUCAAUAAU